UCCAGGCCACGGGGUUUGGUUGCACACAGGCUGCAGUUUCAGUUUGUUUUAUUCACCAUUUUGAGUAGCUGAAGGUAAAAAAUUAACAAAAAUUGCGUUUGGAGGAUAAGUCGCUCCGGUAAUUUUAUUUUUUCGCGCUAGCUCGGGCGGUGGAGUUGUGCGCCGACCUCGCCCCCCCCCCCUCGGAGUUUUGCAGAGCGGGAAUAUUUAGUUUUUUUAUUUUUUUUCCUGGGGCUUUCUUCUUCUCCCCCCCUUUUUUCUUAUAUCCUUAACCUCUACAGUAUUCCUGCAAAAUGUCAAGACCAGUGAGGAACAGGAAAGUGGUGAACUACUCACAAUUCAACGAGUCUGACGAUGCAGAUGAGGAAUAUGGAGGCGACAAGCCCAAGAAGGUGCGCACGGCCCCUCGUGAGCCGAAGCACAAGCGCUCAAAGAACUCACAGGAUGACAGUGAGGACUCUGAUGACAAGCUCUCCAAAUCCAAAAACGAUUCAGCAGAUGACUUUGGCAGCGAUGAAGACAACGACUUCGGAGAGGAGGACGACGAGGACGGGGGAAGCGACUACGAGGCGAAACGAGGGAAAAAGGGAAAGAAAGCCAAGGUGGAGAAGCCAAGCAAGAGGACGCCGAAGAGAAAACGGCCUGCAGAUGACAGCGAUGAUGACAGGGAGGUGAGUCGUAAGGUGCGUACAGUGCGCCAGGCCGCCUCCAAGGCUGUGUCCAAACAGAGGGAGAUCCUGCUGGGUGACGGAGGCAGCGAGGACGAGGAGCGCGAAGACCAGGAGGAAGGCUACAUGGACCCCGACGAGUCUGGCAGCGAUGAGGACUUCAUGGUGGAGGACGAUGACGACAGCGACUACGGUCACUCCAAGAAGAGGAGCAAGAAGGUGAUUCGACGGGGGCGGCCGGAGAAGAAGGAGAAGAAAUCCCCCAAACCACGACUAAAGGCCACAGUCACCCCCAGCCCAAUGAAAGGCAAGGGCAAGGGGCGCCCCAGCACCAAGGCCCUGGAGAAGAGCUCACCCAAAGAGGAGGAAGAGGAGGAGCCCGAGAGUCCCCUGGAGGAGGAAGAGGAGGAGGCGGAGAAGAAAGAGACCUCCCCCGCCCGCAAGAAGACGAAGGAGCCCGCAGGAGGGGAGGAAGAGGAGGAGGAAGAGGAGGAGGAGGACGGCUCGGAAGAAGAGGCGCCCUCUGGAGAAGACUAGAAGAAUGGCACCCGUUGAAGCCCCUCCUCGAUUUCUCUCUUUCUCUCUCUCGCUCUCUCCCUUUUCCUCUCUCUCUCUCUCUAUCUAUCUCUCUCUCUCUAUCUCUCUCUCUCUUUCUCUUCUCAAGGUUUUGUUGUCUUUUGUUGCUCUGCAUUUAGAGAGGGUUUUUGUUUUUGUUUUUUUCUUUUUUUCGUGGUGGCCUGGCUCAAUGGUUUGGACUUCAUGUGCUUUUCUUUUUUUUUUCUUUCUUUUUUUUUUUUUUUUUUUUUUUUUUUUUUUGGCUUC